GAGACCUUGUCCGCAGGCCGGGGAAACCGCUCGCAAGGCUGUGGGAGACCGCGGCGGUCCGGCGGUGCCGGUUCCCCAGCGCACGGGGAGUGGUAAUCCGAGGGCCCCCGGAGAUGUCUUCGUGGGUGGGUGACCUUUUGGAGAGAAUAUCCGCGAUAUAGCUCAUCAGUCCGAAAGGAGCACCUUCACCGCAGGCAGGUACAAAGCUGUCCUGAUGUCCCUGUAAAUUCAUCUUGGAAUUUCCUGUGCGUGGAGGAUCUUCUGAAUUAAAAAGCUUCCUUCUACGCUUCCCCUUCCAAUUCCUUCCUUCAAGAUGGCAUCCGACAGCCCGGAGUCACUAAUGACCUUGUGCACAGAUUACUGCCUUCGCAACUUGGAGGGGACUCUCUGCUACCUACUGGACAAUGAAACUCUCCGGCUUCAUCCUGACAUCUUCUUGCCAAGCGAGAUUUGUGACAAACUUGUCAAUGAGUAUGUGGAGUUAGUGAAGACAGACAGCGUCUAUGAACCCCAUGAAAGCUUCUUCACCUUAUUCUCUGAUCCACGGAGCACCAGGCUAGCUCGGAUCCACCUGCGGGAACAGAUUGUGCAAGACCAGGACCUGGAGGCCAUCAGGAAGCAGGAUCUUGUUGAGCUCUACCUGACUAACUGUGAGAAGCUAACAGCCAAGAGCCUGCAAACCUUGGUGAGCUUCAGCCACACACUUAUCUCCCUUAGCCUCUUUGGCUGCUGUAAUAUCUUCUACGAGGAGGAGAACCCUGGAGGCUGUGAAGAUGACUGUUUGGUGAACCCCACUCGCCAGGUCUUGGUCAAGGACUUUACUUUUGAAGGCUUUAGCCGCUUGCGCUUCCUGAACCUCGGCCGCUUGAUCGAGGGGGUAAACGUGGAGACGUUGCUUCGGCCUUUGGCCUCCCUUGCAGCUCUCGAUCUCUCUGGGAUCCAGCUGAACGACGUGGGAUUUCUGACCCAGUGGAAGGACAGCCUGGUUUCCUUAGUGCUUUACAACAUGGACCUUUCAGAGGAGCACAUCCAAGUGAUCGCACAGCUCCGUAAGCUCAGGCACUUGGAUAUCUCCCGAGACCACCUGUCCAGUUAUUACAAAUUCAAGCUGACCCGGCGGGUUCUAAACCUGUUUGUGGAAAACUUGGUAAACCUCACUUCGCUCGAUAUCUCAGGGCACACCAUGCUGGAGAACUGCACUAUCCCAAGCAUGGAGGAGAAGAUGGGCCAGACAAGCAUUGAACCAGCAAAGAGCAGCAUUGCUCCCUUCCGGGGUCUGAAACGACCGCUCCAAUUCUUGGGCCUUUUUGAAACAUCUCUCUGCCGCCUGACACAUAUUCCAGCCUACAAGGUGAGCGGGGACAAGAAUGAAGAACAGGUACUGAAUGCUAUCGAGGCUUACACUGAACACCGACCAGAAAUCACUUCGAGGGCCAUCAACCUCCUUUUUGACAUUGCCCGUAUUGAGCGCUGCAGCCAGCUGCUGCGAGCCCUCCAGCUGGUGAUCACAGCCCUCAAGUGCCACAAGGACGACAAAAACAUCCAGGUGACAGGCAGUGCGGCGCUGUUUUACCUGACCAACUCUGAGUACCGCAUGGAGCAGAGCGUGAAGCUGCGGCACCAGGUCAUCCAGGUGGUACUGAAUGGCAUGGAGUCCUACCAGGAAGUCACAGUACAGCGGAACUGCUGCCUGACACUGUGCAAUUUCAGCAUCCCUGAGGAGCUGGAGUUCCAGUACCGCCGAGUCAACGAGCUGCUGCUGAACAUCCUCAACCAGAGCCGGCAGGACGAGUCUAUCCAGCGCAUCGCUGUACACCUUUGUAAUGCUCUGGUCUGCCAGGUGGACAACGAUCAUAAAGAAGCUGUGGGCAAGAUGGGUUUUGUCAUGACAAUGCUAAAGCUGAUUCAGAAGAAGCUGGCUGAUAAAACGUGUGAUCAGGUGAUGGAGUUCUCCUGGAGCGCCCUCUGGAACAUCACUGAUGAGACCCCUGAUAACUGUGAGAUGUUCCUCAACUACAGUGGCAUGAAACUCUUUUUGGAGUGCUUGAAAGAAUUCCCAGAGAAACAGGAGCUGCACCGCAACAUGCUGGGACUCCUGGGCAAUGUAGCAGAGGUGAAGGAGCUCCGCCCACAGCUCAUGACCUCCCAGUUCAUCAGUGUGUUCAGCAACCUGUUGGAGAGCAAAGCAGAUGGGAUUGAGGUAUCCUAUAACGCCUGUGGUGUGCUCUCCCAUAUCAUGUUUGAUGGUCCAGAGGCUUGGGGCAUACAUGAGCCACACCGAGAGGAAGUAGUAAAGAGGAUGUGGGCAGCCAUCCAGAGCUGGGACAUAAACUCCAGAAGAAAUAUCAAUUACAGGUCAUUUGAACCAAUUCUUCGACUCCUUCCACAAGGGAUCUCUCCAGUCAGCCAGCACUGGGCAACGUGGGCACUGUAUAACCUGGUCUCUGUCUACCCUGACAAGUACUGCCCACUGCUGAUCAAAGAAGGUGGGAUUCCCCUUCUGAAGGACAUGAUUAAAAUGGCUUCAGCACGGCAAGAGACCAAGGAAAUGGCCCGGAAAGUUAUAGAGCACUGCAGUAACUUUAAGGAGGAGAACAUGGACACUUCCAGAUAGAGGCAAUCAUCUAGUGCCUCUUGCCAGCACUGUAUCCAGCUUCUCUCUAAUUCACUGUAUAUAGGGAGGACUCUUUCUUACCAACUUGGCUGUUGGAAGGAAACUCUUAUGUGUGUGUGUGUGAGAGACCCUCAGUAGAUGAAGGUGAACGGUUGGGGGGGGGGAGGGGACUUUUUGCACAACAAAAUGCUUUCAUUAAAUUAGUGGACUUUUUCGUUAUGAAGUUUCAGAUUGAAGUUUUGUGUGUAUGAUUUCUGUAUAAAAAGAAAACAAAAAACAAAGACAACUACAUUAUGUAUCUUUUAACCUUUUUUUUUAGACCACACAGAAAGCCUCAAAUGACUGUGAGCUUGAAGACCUAGUUGUGUGAUCACUAACGUGACAUUUUGAAUUUCCCAUUUUUUAGAUAAUUCUCUUUUGCUGUAUUGCCUGAGGUCCUGUAAUGUCCACAAGAACACCAGUCCUGAAAUGGCGUUGGCCACCAAAUGGAGUUACAGGCAGUGAUGAGUUAUUUAUUUGCUUAGAGAAGUUGGGGGACAUGAUACCAGAGAGUUAGACCAAAUGAACUGACCUUCUUAGUAAUAUUUGUAAAUAGAGGAAACAGGGAAGACAUUUUUUUCAAGUCUAUUAUUCAUUCCCAUAAGGGGUUUUUAUAGAAGACUCACAUUAGUGGAAGCGCUGCUAACUGUACGUGGGUCUAUCGGAAGUAAACAUUCCUGUUAAAGUCAAGAGUUCUGUUUUGUCCCCUUUGGCGGUACAGUAGGAUCUGUGAGCCCACCUGGCCUCAUAAAACCAGCAAAGCCAGUUGCACGUCCUUGGCAACACAGAUUUCUCUUUGAAGGAGCCUGUGCAACAAGGAACAAGGUUUGUUCACAAAGGGCUACACAUCUUAAUUCCAGUCCUUCACCACCUUUUUAGUUGUGUUCUGUUUUACGGGGAAGGGCUAUAAAUGCCAGAGAGUGGGCUUCUCCUCAGCCUAAUAAGCUCUACUAGGCCCUAGGCAAGAGCAGCUUGUACCAUUUGUGCAAGUCUCAGUAAUGCACUGGAGGGGUUUUGUUCUUCGGUCUGCAUUAGUGCUAGCCAUGCUCAAUGGCAAAUUGGUCUUCCCUUGUAGGAAGCUCACCCCAGCACAAAUGCUGUAGCUGGAAAUGCUGACAUCCUCUUCCGAGACUAGCGAGCCUCCAGGCACCCUUUGGCGGGUGAUCCCAUGAGAUAGCACCUCUUGUUCCACCCCAAGCAUCUUCCCUCUCUUCUGAGGAACAAAAGGCCCUAUUCUUAUCUGACUCUCACCGGCACUAACAGUGCAGUCCUACUCACAUCAGCAGCGUUCCUCCAAUUUAUCCCGAUGCAGGUGAGAGGAGAGUCCCACUGAAGUGUUCUUUACCUGUAAGACACUCCAGACUAUGGUGGCUCAAGAAGCCAAAGGCCAAGGUUUAUCGCAUAGUCAGGCUCUCAACAGCACAUUGUGCAGUCCAUGCUUAGAGCCCUCUGCUUGUCAUAACUCUUUUUCAUGAUUCACAAACCUUCCCUUGGAAGGGAUUUUGUGUCUAGUAGCAAUAAGAGAAGAUGGUGACCAUACGAAUUAGGACAUUUCAGGCCUCUGAGAUAGCACAGUAAACCUCACUGCUCUCUUCCCUCGUAUACAUUGCUCUUGGAUUUGAUUCGCUGCUAUGACAGAGUCUUCUAAUGCUCAGUUAAUGCUGUCAUUGCUGAGCACGUUACAGACAGAUCCUAGAGACACAAACUGACACUUUAAAUGACAGAACACAGCUGCCCUGGAGAGGUUUACUUUUUCUGCCAACAUGGUGUUACCUAAUGUCUUUUUUUUUUUUUUCUUCUUUUUAACCAUAUGUCAUUUGUUUUGAUAUUGUGAGAUCUGUAUUUUUUCUUUAAGUAUUUUUCAAACAUAUAUAUUUUUGUGUCACUUUUGAAUUGUUUUCAUAUGGUUUGCAAAACUUGACAAAUUAUACUUUUUUGCAGUUGUUUGAUUCAAAUGUAUUUUUCUCUCUCUUAUUACUGUUCCCCAAGAACUUGUGUCAGUACAAGCUUUGAGACAGGGAAGCUGAUUUCAAGAUCUGGUUUCCCUGUAAUGCUUGUUAAUCUUUCUCCUAGAUGCAAAACUAAGAGAGGCUGCAAAUACUGCUGACCAGCCUCCAUGCAUCAGAGGAGUCAGGCUUUGCUCAUUUAAUCCUCCAUUUAGUACUGUCGUCUUUAAGUUGCCUCAUGUGACAGUGCCCAGCAGGCCUUCUUCCUCUUUACUGCCCAUAUAGUGAAAGCUGCUACCACUGAAAUCUUAAAUCAAGUGACAAAAGCCCUCAGGAUUCUGACUACGUUGGGGAGGUGGGAGUGGAGCAGAAGGGACGCAUCACAGAUGUGACAGGUAUCAGAAACCUGUGUCCCCAGCAUGCAGCUGCCGUGGUGGGGAGUCAGCUGGAGCUCAAGAUUGCUCAGCUAGAGCAGAAUUCAGCCUUGCACUGUAACCAGAACCAAACAAGUAGGUUUCACUCUGAGAUUUUGGCAAAACUGCGCCAAGGUUAAUGAACAAAAGAUGGCUUGCUUCCAUCUAAAUCGGGACUUAAGGACAUAAGGGGUUUGAUCUUCUUCAAACUAGUGCCCUCCCAUAAGUUCAGUCAUACUAAAGUCCCACCUGCUGCAGCUGGACUGUGGUAUCCCAAAUUAACCCGUUCCAAGCUGCAUCAAACAUUUGUUUCACGACAUAUAGAUAACCUCUCAAUCCUGACUGCACACAUAUCAUCAGGCAAGUCCUGCCGAGCCUUCUAGGCAUGCCGUACCUUAACCAGAAUAAAAAACAACACGGAGAUUACUGGAGUCAGAUAGGCCAGCCUACCAGAAGAGCUUAGCUUUACAAAGUCUGUCACUGCUCCCGGGGGGAAGGGGAGCUUUCCAUAAACUGAUCUGUGACAGCUAACGACACAGGACCUUUUGAAUCAGGCCACCAGCAAGAUGAAUUACAGAGGCAGCAUUAAAAAAAAAUAUAGCAUCCCUGUUGGAG